UCCUAACCAUGUCAACCCAAGCCUCAAAAGCCAAACACCCUCAUUGGGAUUUCCUUCCAACCAUCCAAAAUCAAAUUGAUUUGAAGUUGAACCAGAAAGAUAACCCCCAUUCAUCAAAUCCAAUCCACUCCACUCUCCCAUGGAGGAAGAACAGCAAAAGCUCCUCCAAUCCUACCCCUACUACUGGGGCUACACCCCAGAAGAAGAGUACUACAAGCAACAAGGAAUCACUUCUUCAAAAUCCUCCUUCACCACCACCAGAGGCCUCACCCUCUUCACCAGGUCCUGGCUCCCCACCACCACCCCACCACGCGCCGUCAUCUUCAUGGUCCACGGCUACGGCAACGACAUCUCCUGGACCUUCCAAGCCACCCCAAUCUUCCUCGCCCAGAUGGGUUUCGCUUGCUUCGCCCUCGACCUCCAAGGCCACGGCCACUCCGGCGGCCUCAAAGCCUUCGUCCCCGACGUCGACCUCGCCGUGGAGGAUUGCCUCUCCUUCUUCACCUCCAUUAAGAACCUCCCUCGCUUCCACGGCCUGCCCUGCUUCCUCUACGGCGAGUCCAUGGGCGGCGCGAUUUGCCUCCUCAUCCACUUCGCUGACCCGAAAGCGUUCCAUGGUGCGAUCUUGGUGGCACCCAUGUGUAGAAUCUCCGAUAAGGUUAGACCCAGAUGGCCGAUUCCUGAGAUCCUCACUUUUCUUGCGAGAUUCUUCCCUACUCUUCCCAUUGUUCCCACCCCAGAUCUUCUCUACAAGUCUGUGAAGGUUGAUCACAAGAAGGUGAUUGCUGCGAUGAACCCGUUGAGGUAUAGGGGAAAACCCAGGUUAGGGACUGUGGUGGAGCUUCUGAGAAUCACUGAUGUGUUGAGCAAGAAGCUCAGUGAUGUGAGUCUCCCUUUCAUUGUUCUGCAUGGGAGUGCUGAUGUUGUUACUGACCCUGAUGUUAGCAGAGAAUUGUAUGAGGAGGCUAGGAGUGAGGACAAGACCAUCAAGGUUUAUGAGGGGAUGAUGCAUUCUUUGCUUUUUGGGGAAACUGAUGAGAAUGUUGAAACUGUUAGGAGUGAUGUUUUGCAAUGGUUGAAUGCUAGAUGUGAGGGAAGAACAACAGAUGGAGAUUGAUUAUUAACAGGGUCAUGAAGUCUUCAACUUGAUGUUGACUAUGUUAAUUAAUCUUCAAAUUGAGUUUGAAGACUUAGUAGAGUGAGGCUUGUUGGUCUGUAGAUAGAUAGUUCUAAUUGCUGAAAGUUGGCUUGUUAUUCUAUGAUAUGUUGCAUUUGAUGAAAUUCUUCAAUAAGGGAUGAAUGAUCUGUCUGUACACAGCUUCUUCAUAAAAAACAAAUAUAUAGAUUUAUUCUUGAAAGGACAUGAGUCAUGAGGUCUUUUUAGAACCAAAAUCAUGUUUUGUGGUGUCUUGCAUUUGUUGUUAUGUUUUAAGGCUUGGGACAACAAACACAGGGACAUGUUUUGUGUUCUUGGCGAGUGAGUGGUUCAUGUUUUGGCAAUGUGGCCAAAGGAUAUGUAUGUGUAUGUAUGUUGUAGCAGAUUCAGAUAUUGCUGUCUUCAUCAUUCUGAUUACUGAAAAAUGAAAUGUGGUUUUAGUGUUC